UAUUAGAGUUUUUUACUUUUUAUAAAAAAAAAUAUAAAAAUGUUCGCCUGUGGCUGUAAAAAGUGGUUUAAAUCUAAAAGAACUAAAUUUGAUGAUAAAGAACUUGAACAGAUUUGGCCGCCGUAUGGUUCAGAAAUUAUGCUCACCGAAGCCAGCAAGCGAUUACUGCAAAAAUCGGCAUAUGUGCAAAAACCUGAUAUAAGUGAUAUUGAUGUAGAGGGUUUCAUAGAGCAAUCUUUGCGAUUUCCAAUCAAGUUUGGCCGCGAUACAUGUCGAGUAAUGAGUCAACCAAAGGAACGUUAUCAUGAAAUUGCAAAACAAAUUGCUUCUGCUUAUCCGAUAAUACACGAACGUGUUGUUGGUUUAUAUUUGGCAUUCUUGGAGCAUAAAUGCAAAUAUGGUAAUGGACUGGAACACGCAAUUUAUGCAGAUAUGACUAUUACAGGCCUAGUACAACGUUUACUUGAAAAACGUUGUGUGGCCUUCGUAGGUCCACUCGAUGACUAUCUGCUAUUGAAGGGUAGAAAAACGUUGGCAAAUUUUUUCGAUGUGGGCGCCAUUGAUGAAAAACCACCAUUGUUAUUAAAAGACGUUUUAAGUUAUGAUGAGAUAAAGCUUUCCGCUUUUCUUUCAGUAUCUUCACACACCGAAUUUUUAAAUAAUGGUAGACGUUUCAAUUGUGGCAUCAUUGAAGAAGACAAAUCAAAAAUAGAAAUUGAAGGUGUUAUAAUAGGUAUAAUCGGCGGCCGUUUCGAGGCAGAAGAUGUAAUGGAGUGGCAGGAUAUAAUGAUAACACCAAUGCAAAAUACGAAAGAACGUGGCUAUGGUCACAAAGCGAAACCAGCAAAGAAGACAAAGAAUCCAAAGGUCGACUACCGACAAUUAUGGAUACGUUUUUAUGAAGAACAAGAUUUGCUGUAUGAUAAGGUAGAAUUUAUAAAUUCACCACGAUUUUUUAAAGAUGAAAAAACACGCUAUAUUUUUGACAAUCUGUUGAUGAAAAAACGUUAUGCCAUAACAUUUGAUACACUACUGCUAGAGGCUGAUGCGCGUGGUAAAGCUACUGACAAACAAGUGUACCUACAUGUGGUUGGUAUUGGGUUGGGCGCCUGGCGUGCCGUACAACAUCAAGACAAAAUAUUUUUGAAAACGUUUAAGGAACGCAUUCAAACGCUUCUAUUAUGUCUAACACAUAUUUCGGUAGUACACUUCUCAAAUUUCCGACCAUCCGCUGCAAAAGACUUUAUAACGGAUGGUGAUAAGAUUGUCUCGAAAGAUCACCCUAACGGCGGUAUAGAAACAUUGGUGCAAGAUCGUUAUCCAGCACAGAAAUUACCGUCAGAAUAUGAAAAACUGUUAAUUGUUGAAUCGUAUGCCUGGGAUGCCAAUGCAUUGCCAGGAAAUGAAUUUUGGAAGGGCGCUCUCACGAGCUCCGGUGAUCCUGCUGCUGCUUGCAGCACGCUAAUUGCUGAACUACAUAAUCCUCAUAUUAAUAGAAAAAUGGUGAAUGGCGAAAAUUUGCAUGUGGCCACGGAACGCUACGGUGUCUUACACAUAUCUGAAUACGCCAAACAAAUUUUAGGUUAGAUUAAAGCACACACUAAUAAGAAAUGUAUUACUUUAUUUUUCAUUACCUUAAAUUAUUAAAUAACAUAAGCGGCAUACGCUUUAUAUUUAUACACUGAAA